AUGAACCACAGGUGCCCUUCCCAAGCAGCAAAAGGGCUUCGCCGGAGCAGGAGGCCCAGAUGGCUGCUCUUGAGACCCAGCCUCAGGAAGCCAACGCAAGUCAAGCGUGCUGCGCGCACUCUCAAACUGAGUUCGAGGAAGAGCGCGGGUGUGAUCAAGUGCAGCCUUGCGGAGUUGCCUAUGGUGCCAAAGCAAGUCCCACCCCGCUUUGCCAGCGAGGCGCUGCUGCGGCUGCUGCCAGCGGCGCGUGAAGCCCUGCUUUUUUGUGUCAUGACCUGCCACGGCGGCAUGACGCAGUCCUUCAGGAGCAAGUCCAUUAAGGCCUUGAAGGAGGGCAAGGCGGAGAUUUUGGUGGCCACGGACAUCGCGGCGCGCGGCCUGGAUGUCCCUGCGGUGACGCAUGUAGUGAACUACGAGCUGCCUCUUGUCCUGGACGAGUUUGUGCAUCGCGUCGGCCGCACAGGCCGCAUUGGCCGCAGCGGCACCACGGUGACCCUCGUCACGGGCCGCGAGAAGAUCUUCGGGCCGAUGCGGCGGAUGCUCCUCUCCCAGGGUCACGAGUUGCCAGAGUGGAUGAGCCUGCAGGGUCUGCAGUUGGCCUGGCGGCCGAGGAACUACAAGAUCCCUUUCAGGAAGGUGAAGAGAGGCGUGCCCAAGGAUGCCGCCCCGGAUAUUCGUGAGGCGUACAUGAUCAAGAACCGGGACAUGCAACUGAGGACCAAGGCCACUCUCAUGGACCGCAUGGCGGAGCUUGAAGGGGAGCCCCUCUCACCGAAAGAGCUGAACCGCGGGACUUUUCAGCCGCUGGUCGAAGAGGAUGGCGGCGGCUACGACUACGAGUACGACAUUAGCGACGGCAACUUCCAGGUCACCCGGGGAGGGCUUCCGAACGCGGCCCUUCUUGAUGGCGGAGCCGGCGACGAAGCGUACGGGGACGAAGAAGGCGAAGACGUGAUAGAGGAUGCGCGCGGCCAAGAGAUGUACGUGUGGCUACGGUCUGAUACCUUCUCAGUAUCCCGCAAGUCUCAUCAGACCUUUGCCAUGUCCAUCGAGGAAUUUGACAACUACUUCAAGGCGGACCGCAAGAUCAAGACGGUGAAGGACGUCGAACCAGAGAAGUUCAUCAAGUCCUUCUCCCAGCACCUGAAGCGUCAAGGCCGCUUCGAGCUGCCGAAGUGGGCAGAUGUGGUGAAGACCAGCAAGUCCAAGGAGCUGCCGCCCUACGAUCCGGACUGGCUCUACGUGAGGACUGCGUCCAUGGUCCGGAAGAUCUACAUCCGCAAGGGCAUGGGCGUGGGCGCCUUCCGGAAGGUGUACGGCGGUCAGCAGAGGCGCGGCACUUGCACCAACAAGUUCACCAAAUCCUCGGGCAAGAUUGCGCGGUACAUCCUUCAGCAGUUGGAGGAAAUGGGCCUGGUUGAGGUCGACGAGGAGGGCGGCCGAAUGAUCACCAAGGAGGGCCAGCGCGAGCUGGACACCGUGGCCGUGCAGGCGGCGGCGGACGAGGAAGAGGACGAGUGA